AUGGCUCGCAUCACACGCUCAGCUGCUCAAGCAGCAUUGCUCGCAGCUAAAAACGACCCUCAACUACUCCCAGAUGUCCCGAAGCCAAAUGGCACCGAAACACCCACCGAAACGAAACGCAGCCGCAGUCGCAAGAUUGACUCUUCGGAGCCCAGCGCAAAAAAACAAAAAGCAACCAGCAACCAGAAGCCAGAAACCAAUGACCUCCCCCAUAACCUAGCCCCUCUGCCAACCCCUCUAACGUCGAAAAGCAACACCCCCGACAUCAAACGAGAACAACUAGCCGACCUAGCAACCUCCCUCCAAUCCACCGUCGACAAAACUACCCAAACCCUCCCCAUCCAACAGCAACAGCAACCCAAAAACCAGAAAAAGACCACCUACGGCCUAAGCCCCGGCCUCACCCCCUUCCCCUCCUACCCCCGCCCAACCCCUUCUGAAUGCGAAGAAGUAAACCGCCUCCUAACAUCCGUCCACGGCGAAAUAACACCCCCGACUACAAUUCCUGAGCCCUCGCUCACAGUAACCGGCUGCGGCGAGGUGCCAUCCGUGCUCGACGCACUGAUCCGCACGCUCCUCAGUGGUGCGACGACGGGGACGAACUCGGCUAUGGCGUUUAAUGGGCUCGUGCAGCGGUUUGGGAUUCUGAGGGAGGGAGUUGGGAAGGGGAGUGUGGAUUGGGAUAAGGUCCGACGGGCGGAGGUGGGGGAUGUGUUUGAGGCGAUUAAAAGGGGUGGGUUGGCGGAUGUGAAGAGCAAGAAUCUGAAGAAGAUUUUGGACCUGGUGUACCAGGAGAAUCAGGAGCGCAGGGAUCUCUUGACCAACAACCCAGACGGAUCCGAUCCAGCACUCAAGUCAGAAUCAAACGCUAGCAAAGACUAUGAAAUCGCCUGUGCUGACCAGAAUGUUUUAUCGCUGAACUACCUCCACGCCCUCCCCACGGAAUCUGUAAUGACACAUUUAACGAGCUACCCUGGCAUCGGCCCCAAAACCGCCGCCUGCGUGAUCCUCUUCUGUCUGCAGCGGCCGUGUUUCGCUGUUGAUACGCACAUCUUCCGCAUCACCAAGUGGCUGGGCUGGCUUCCUUCUGACAGCACCGGCAGUAAAGUGAAUGAGGUCACCGCGUUUGGGCACUUGGAGGUGCGGGUGCCGGACCAUUUGAAAUAUAGCUUGCAUCAGUUGUUGAUUCGGCAUGGGAAGAGUUGUCCGCGCUGUAGGGCUGGUACGGGGAGGGGGGCGGUGGGGUGGGAGGAAGGGUGUGUCAUUGACCAUUUGGUGAAGAGGACCGGGGGGAGGAAGGCGUAA